AUGAUCCCUCCCCGGAACCUCCCUCAGCCCACUCCUCAUGCGGCUACCAGUCGGACUGGCAACGGUGCUUCACCUCGGGCCCCUACUUCCACUGCCAACACCGAGAAACUUGUGGCAGAUCAACUUGCCCUUGAGUCGCGCAAGCGACGGCGAGGCAAGAAUGCUAACAAGGAGAAUGAUAAUGUGGACGCACCAGACGUCGACAACCAUCAAACCUCCUAUCAGUCGUAUGGUCGAUAUGUGGCACGACUAAUUGAUUUCUUCCAAGUCCUAGACCGAGUUGUUGAUGUCGGUAUUCGCUCCGAGGUGGAUUCUGAUAUGGACGAUGCCAUGGAGGAGGAUGCUGAAAAGACAAACAAGGAUUACAUGCUCGAAGACUGGAGCACCUGCUGCCGUGUCAUGCCCGACUUCCGCAAGACAAUGCUCAGCCUUGCUCAAAGCCUUGCCUAUCGGCACGAACUUUGUCGCCAUGUUGCACUCAAGGACCGACUUCCAAGUUUCAUUCUUUUCGACACGAAGCAGACACUGGAUCCCCCCAUUUCAUCCACCGGUAACAAGAACGACCGAGGCUGGCGCCACCCUAUCACCGCUACUCUCUUGUGCCCUAUUGACAAGCCCGCAACCAACGAGACUUUCAAGGCCUACGAGGAUGGUGCUCUUAUUGUCUCACCCAAAGACCUUCCGAGGUUCCUGUACCCCCACGACCAGGCCUACAACCCUGAGGACCUCUUCGAAGGCGUGUUUCGUGGACAUCUCCUCAUACGUGCAGCCAAAUGUAUUCUCAUUGGACGCAGCUGCGCCGUCUCUCGACCUGGCUUCUCCACUCGUCGUCGAGGCAACGCUGCCUUGGCCGGCAUUACCACCGUCAACCCCCGCAUCAUUGCUUACAUCGUUGUCCAGGUGCGAUUCGCGCUCACUUCGGAGCCCGAGUGGGGCCGGAAGGAUAGCAGCAACAAGAGCUCCAACAAGAGGAGUGCUGCAUUCGAUUAUCAUGCUUUCUAUCGUUCAGUGCUGUCUGCGCUCGAGGACGACGAGGAAGGGAUGGCGGAAAUCAUCGGGUAUUGGAAUUAUGAGCUUUGGGGUUCUCGCGCAGGUGCCGACUCGGGCCCUACUCACAGCGGCAGCGGCAACAGCUCCGACGACGAUAACCCCGGUGAAGAAUCUGCGCUUGAUCGUCUGAAGGCGCAACGUGCAGCCAAACGCGCUCGUCUCACUGCUCAACCAGCUACCUAG